AUGGGUGGGUCGUCAGAAUGCUUGAGGGUUCCCCAGUCGGAGUUCGAAGCGGUGGUGGAGUCCACCGCCAGUGUCGUCCGGAAGGUGGCUGACGCCGUGUCUAGAUUUGAUCCAACCGACGACUGUUUUGAGCUGAUGGACUCUACCAUUGACCUGUUGACCGCCGUACUCUCCGUUUCCAAAAAUCCAAAUGAAAUAUAUACCGGCGGCGACGUUCAUGGCACCGGAGAUUCAAUCUCCGACAUGAAAUCUUGGCUAAGUGGAGCACUUGUCAAUCAAUUCACCUGCAAAGAAGGGUUUGACGGCGCCAACAGCCACCUCCAAACCCUAAUCUCCGGCGACCUCGACCACAUCACCUCCGCCCUCACUAAACUCGUCUCCAUGAUCAAACCGAGUCGAAAUCCCGUCCCCAAAAGAAAAUACCCCGAUUGGCUGAAAUCACGAGACCAGAAACUCCUCCAAGCUCCCGGUGGCUCGGUGGCCGACUUGGUGGUGGCGGCGGACGGCACCGGGAACUUCACGAGCAUCACGGCAGCCAUUCAGGCGGCCCCCGAGCGUAGCUCUACAAGGUUCGUUAUUUAUAUAAAGCGAGGCGUGUACAAGGAGUACGUUGACAAUAUUGAUAACAAGAAAUGGAAUAUAAUGUUGGUCGGGGACGGUAUGGAUGCCACCGUCAUUACGGGUGACCACAGCAACGCUACCGGCUGGGGCACUCACAAAUCGGCUACUUUCCAUACGAAAGGUGGCGGAUUCAUAGCCCGGGACAUGACGUUCGAGAACACGGCGGGCCCCGAAGAAGGACAAGCCGUCGCUUUCCAUUCCGAGUCAGACCUGUCUGUGUUGUACCGUUGUGGAUUCAGGGGAUUUCAGGACACUCUGUACGCUCACCGCAAUCGCCAAUUUUAUCGAGAAUGUAAAAUCACGGGCACGGUCGACUUCAUAUUCGGGCACGGCACAGCUGUUUUCCAAAACUGCGAGAUCGUGGCCCGAAAAGGCCUACCCGGCCAAAAGAACGUAAUCACGGCCCAAAGCAAACCAAGCUUAGCCGAUAAUUCGGGCUUCUCUAUCCAAUUAUGCAACAUCACGGGUGAGCCCGAUUUGAUGGCUUCCCGAGGCUCCAACCCGACCUACCUCGGCCGUCCCUGGAGCAUUUACUCGCACACAAUCGUCAUGCAGUCGUACAUUAGUGAUGUCGUUAUGGCCGAGGGAUGGCUCGAAAUGGAUGGGAGCACGAAAACCGACAGUUUGUACUUCGGGGAGUACAUGAACUACGGGCCAGGGGCUGGAUUGUCGGGCCGGGUUAAAUGGGCUGGUUACCAUGUGAUUAAUGAUCCGAAUGAGGCGGAGAAGUUCACGGUGGCCCGGUUCAUAAGUGGGGACCAAUGGCUGCCUUCGACCGGAGUGAAGUACACAAGCGGGUUGGAGAUGUGA